AGGGACAACCAGGAACUCGGACUCAGUCUCCACCCCGAAGUUGGGCGGGUCCGCCCGGGAUAAGACCCGCUGCCCGGCCCCUCUAGGGUGUGAUCUGACCGGUCGCAGGGGACGAGCGCAGCCGCAUUUCGGCUCGAGCGGAAGAAGUUGCUGCAGUUGAGGUUGAAGAGAUUGCUGCCUGUGUUCUCCUCAAGGAUUUUGAUGGAUUCCUGUCUCACAUUGAGAGGAACUUCUGCUCCUGUGACUGAACUCUGAUCUUGAUAGAGAGUCCCGGCCAUGGCAGCCAAAGGAGGCACCGUCAAAGCUGCUUCGGCAUUCAAUGCCACUGAAGAUGCCCAGACCCUGAGGAAGGCCAUGAAGGGGCUUGGCACCGACGAAGAUGCCAUCAUCAGCGUCCUCGCCUACCGCAACACAGCCCAGCGCCAGGAAAUCAGGACGGCCUACAAGAGCACCAUCGGCAGGGACCUGGUAGACGACCUGAAGUCAGAACUGAGUGGCAACUUCGAGCGGGUGAUCGUGGGAAUGAUGAUGCCCACCGUGCUGUACGACGUGCAGGAACUGCGAAGGGCCAUGAAGGGAGCUGGCACGGAUGAGGGCUGCCUGAUUGAGAUCCUGGCCUCCCGGACACCCGAGGAGAUUCGACGCAUAAACCAGACCUACCAGCUUCAAUACGGGCGGAGCCUUGAAGAUGACAUUCGCUCUGACACUUCGUUCAUGUUCCAGAGGGUGCUGGUGUCUCUGUCCGCUGGUGGCAGGGACGAAGGAAAUUACCUGGAUGAUGCUCUCAUGAGACAGGAUGCUCAGGACCUGUAUGAGGCUGGAGAGAAGAAAUGGGGGACAGAUGAGGUGAAAUUUCUAACUGUUCUCUGUUCCCGGAACCGAAAUCAUCUGUUGCAUGUGUUUGAUGAAUACAAAAGGAUAUCUCAGAAGGAUAUUGAGCAGAGUAUUAAGUCUGAAACAUCUGGUAGUUUUGAAGAUGCUCUUCUGGCCAUAGUAAAGUGCAUGAGGAACAAAUCUGCAUAUUUUGCUGAAAGGCUUUAUAAAUCUAUGAAGGGCUUGGGCACCGAUGAUGACACCCUGAUCAGAGUUAUGGUUUCCCGAGCGGAGAUUGAUAUGAUGGACAUUCGGGAAAACUUUAAGAGGCUCUAUGGAAAGUCUCUGUAUUCCUUCAUCAAGGGAGACACAUCUGGAGACUACAGGAAGGUACUGCUCAUUCUCUGUGGAGGAGAUGAUUAAAAUAAAAUCCAAGGAUAGGAGGAGUCCCAGCACUUUGGAUUUCUUCUUUUAAGUUCAUUUUUCUACACUGCUAUUAGCAUUAUCUCAGAAUGCUUAUUUCCAAUUAAAACGCCUACAGAUGCUUCCUAGGAUAUAGACUGACUAUAUUACUAUUCAUCUAUAAUUACUCAUUAUGAUGCUUUAAAGCUAUACUUGCAUUUCAAAGCUUAUAAAACCUAAAAGGAGAUUUAAAAUUAAAAAUAAAAAUGUAUUCCAUGGUUUUUAAACAGAUAUCUUCCUCAUCUGUAUUUCUUAGAAAUUGGAAUGUAUUAAAUUUAUUUCAUGGUUUUGGUGAAAAACUGUUAAAGUGGAAGACUGAAAGAUUGUCUUAAAAUCAAAGUAUUUUCAAAUACUUUGUAUUUGAAAGGCCAGUAAUUUCUUGACUAGUUUUAGCCUUUAAUUGGCUAAAUUUAGCCUUUAAUUACUAAGGCUAGCAAUUUCUACUAGUAAUUUCUUGAUUUGAAAUUGUUAGCAUCUAGCUCAUAAGAAUAUCCAUCCAAUUUGCUAUUUUACAUGGUCAUACUUUGAAGACAUCCAAUACUCUCCUUUGUUUAGAUUUUUAUCUGCACUGUUAGUUGAUCUCUGCGAAAGUUUGGAUGGGAGACUUCCUUCCUCACAUCUUAUAUUAAGAUUAUUUACUCUCUCCAGGUUGAAGUAUACCAAAAUCAGCCACUUGUCUGAACAAAUUAAAUUCUUAGUGUGGUUAUACAGAUCAUGUUUGUGCGGUUAGCAAAUAUAAAUGCUGAACAUUCCACAAUAUCAUGGUUAAUAUCUUAAUCAAGCUGGAAGAUGAAUGGAAAAAAAAUUAAGUGUCCAGCUAGGUACUAUUUUGGUGAUGGGUGUAAUAUUCUGAAUUUACUUUCACUUAAAGGAAUUUUUUUGUGCUAAAAAUAAUUUUUAAAGUAUUUUUCAAUAUUGUUGAUUUGUACUAAUUUACAUUUGCAUUGUGCCUUUCAACUCUAGAAUUAUUCUGAAGUUGUACUUGAUUUUAUUCCAAAGUUCAGUUGUAUACAACAUGGAAAAAUAAUUUUAAUAAAACCUGUUAUCUUUAAAAUGA